AUGGUUCAAGCACAAGAAUGGUUGGAUAAAAAAUAUCCUAAAGAAAUAAGAAGUAAUAUAACAGAAAUAAAUAUUAGUAAAAAUUACAAUAUAUUAGAAAAUGAAUAUCUUGUAGGAAAUUUAAAAUUAGAAGGAUUUAAAAAUUUAAAAAAAUUUGAUUGUAGUAGAAAUUCUAUUACAAAUCUUGAUAUGAAUGAUAGUAUUAAUAUAAAAAAAUUAAAAUGUUCAUCAAAUAAAAUUCAAAUAUUAAAAAUAGAAAAAUUAAUUAAAAUUAAAGUAAUAGAAUGUGAAAAUAAUCAAAUAAUUGAAUUAAAUUUAAAUUCUUUUAAAAAUUUAGAAAAAUUAAAUUGUUGUGGUAAUAAAUUAAAAGAAUUAAAAAUUAAUAAUUUAAAUAAUUUAGAAUUAUUAUAUUGUUCAUAUAAUAAAUUAAUUAAUUUAAAUUUAAUUAAUUGUUUAAAUCUUAAUAAGAUUAAUUGUGAUAAUAAUAAGAUUAAAGAAAUUAAAUUACCAUUAAAUAAUCAAAGAUUAGAAAUAUUAAAUUUAAAUAGUAAUAAUUUAUUAUAUCAAGAUUUAAAUAUUUUUAGUAAAUUUAUUAAUUUAAAAAGAUUAGAUAUAGGAAAUAAUGAAUUUAAAGAAAGGAAAUAUAAUAAAUUUUAUGGUUCUUUAGAAUUAUUAAAAAAUCUUGAAAAAUUAGAAUAUUUAGAAAUUAGUGAUACUGAUAUAGAUAAAGGUUUAGAAUAUUUAUCUGAUAGUGUUGAAGAAAUUGGUUGUUCAAUUUUUAAUAGAGGUCAAUGUGGUGUAAAGAAAAUUAAGGAUAAACUUUGUUUAUUCGUUUCUUUUGAAGAUGAUGGAUAUUUUACUUGUAAAUUUCAACCUUGGAAAAUGUUGAAUAAAUUGGAAGAAAAAAAUAAACAACUUGAAAAAGAUUUUGAAGAGGAAAGAUCCAUUCGUAUUUCUUUACAAGAUCAAAUUAAUGAAUAUUUUCAAAAAAAUUUACAAUUACAAAAUGAUUUGCGGCAAAUCGAUAUGGAAAAUCAACAAUUACAAAAAAAGUUGUCAAAUUUACAAAUCCAAAAUAUAAAUCAACAAUCAGAUUCAAUUAUCCAUCAAUUUUCCGCUUUUGAAAAUCAAAUUGAAGAAUUUGAUGAUUCUUUCCAAGAAGAAGAAGAAGAAGAAGAAGAAGGAUCGGAUUGUUCGUUUGAAGUAGUUUCUCAAGAAAUUAUAGAAUAA